UAACGUGUAUCUCCUGCAAACAACUGGACAGAUAUCUCUUACAUAUAUAUUUUGGGUUAUGUUGUACAACAAUGUCUUAAAAUAAAUAUAAAAUCCAAGACUUAAACGUUAGCUGUACUCGAACUGCUGAGAUUUAUGUCCCAAUGCGGUCGCCGUAGAUUCACCAUCACGUGACAACAAACACUUCCUGUUGUUAUCACACUUCCAUGUUUUUGUCCUCAAAGAGCAACUGUAGUGUAAAUAAACUACAGAGACAGAUUUGUAACUGCUGUGUGAAUUGUCCCCACACACGUAGUUGGAAUAAUAUCUGAUUAAAGCAGUAGACGUGCUGCGCUGGGGCAACAUGGCCAACACUGUGGCUUUCCAGAGCAAAUUAUCUUCGAUCAUGGAGAUGCUAGCUAAAGCUGCUGUAGUAGAAAUUAGUAAACUAUGGGAGGACGGCUUCGCUCUCAUCCAGGUCGAGCUCCGCCGGAAAGAGUAUGAAAUUGAUGCCCUGAACAGGAAGCUAAAGUUGAUGGAGAAGGAGCGUCUAACGACCCAGUCCCAAGCGCAGACUAUUAAUGUGUCCUCCUCAUCAUCUUCUAUUAGGGAGCAGCAGAACCGGCUUCUGCCAUUUACCGGCGCUGGGCCUGGAAUAGAUUCAGCCCAGACAGUGUGUUCUGGACAGAGCAAUAGAGAAAAGACGGACAACUCAGCAAAUACCACACCGCCACCCCCUGCUCAGACAGAGGAGAAGGAGGGUGAGCAGCUCAAGUCUGACAACUGUGAAACUGAUAUUGGAGAUGAUGAAGACUUUAUAGUUAAGCUAGAGGAUGAAGAUGAUGUCCAGAUUGUGGAGUCUAAAUACACUGGAGCAGGACAGGAUGAGAUGGAGCUGAAUCACCAGCCUACUGAGGCGGUAGAGGAAUCCCAGCAGAGGUUAUCGGUUUUAGUUGGAGACAAUGACAAUGUCGACGACUCCGAUUGCUUCUUUGAACCAAAGCAGUUGUCACAAAAUCUGGACUCAGAAAUCCUGUUCAUUCAAAACGCCUUGGAUAUUUUUGAUAAUUCAGGGGAAACUGCAUAUUCGGACAGGUUCACGAGGGAUAAUGAAGAAGGUGGAUCAAGUAAAUCAAGGGCUCCAGUAACAUUUAGCCAAACUCAACCCAGAAAAUCUACAGAGGCAAUAAAUCGUCCAGAAAGAGGAGUGUCCCUCAGAUUCCUGUCUGAGACACAACCACAAAGUAAAAGCAUGUUGACUUUUAACGCAGACAACAGAUACUUUCUGUUAAAUGACCCAGAGGUGCAUAAAACUAUAGAGAGUCGCCACAUUAGGGAGAAAUGGUUCAUCUGCCGGUUCUGUGGGAAAAGCUUUGAUCGCGUCAGCCAUCUGGAGAUUCACCAGCGAAUUCACACAGGGGAGAAACCAUACACAUGCAACACAUGUGGCAAAUGUUUUUCUCAGAGAAGUAACCUUCGCACACACCAGAGGACUCACAAAGAAGCUCUAUCCCAAAAUUCAGUGUGAUUGAAUUGCUUGAGGAAUGUGAGAAAGCUAGAUGCUGUAUAUCUGUUGCAUUUAUGUCCACCUGAACUAGCAAAGUAUCCUAUUUUAUUACUGCACAUUAAUGUAGCCGACCAACUUUACUGUACCCCAUUUUAUGAUUAAUACUAUUUACAGACAUUUUACUUCUAACUUGGACUUAUCUUGGAUUUUAAGAACUACAGUUAUUUCUACUAAAUAUUACUAUGAAAAAUAAAUCCAGCCAGUUAAAAGAUUCCUAAAAAUGCAGCAACCCCAUAUCUAA